AUGGGGGAUUCUUCUGAAAAUUCAAAAAGAGUGAAGCUUAGUGAUGGGAGAUUCUUAGCUUAUAGAGAAAGUGGAGUUCCAAAGGAAGAGGCAAAAUACAAGAUCAUUCUUGUUCAUGGCUUUGGAAGCUCUAAAGACAUGAACUUCUCUGCCUCAAAAGAGCUAAUACAAGAGCUUGGUGUGUAUCUUCUAUUCUACGACCGUUCUGGAUAUGGAAAGUCAGAUUCAAAUGCAAAACGUUCACUGAAAAGUGAAGUUAAUGACAUAGUAGAACUUGCUGAUCAGUUGGAGAUAGGACCCAAGUUUUACCUAAUUGGAUUAUCCAUGGGAUCUUAUCCUACUUGGGGUUGCCUAAAACACAUUCCUCGCAGGCUAUCUGGUGUGGCUUUUGUUGCUCCAGUUGUGAAUUAUCUGUGGCCAUCGCUUCCUAAUGAACUUAUAAAGGAAGAUUACAUGGGAGGUCUUAUCGAAUGGGGUUUAAGGAUAUCGAAAUUUGCACCUAGACUGCUACAUUGGUUGGUUAUACUUAUACAAAAGGUCUUGCCAUCAACUAGUUCGGUUCUUGAGAGCAAGCAGGUCUACUUCAACAGCCAUGACAUGGAGGUGCUCAAGCGAACCACUGGCUUUCCUAUGUUCACUAAGGAAAAGCUACGUGAAAGAGAUGUUUUCGACACUCUAAGAGACGAUUUCGUGGCUUGUUUUGGACAAUGGGACUUCGAACCAGAAGAUCUAAGCAUUACUCAAGAGAGUAAUGUACACAUCUGGCAUGGGAAGGAAGACAAAGUUGUUCCGUUUCAACUUCAAAGAUGCGUGCUGCAGAAGCAACCUUUGAUCAACUACCACGAGAUCCCUCAAGGUGGACAUCUCAUCGUGCACUACGAUGGCACUUGCGAUGCGGUUCUACGUGCACUAUUGCUUGGUGAAGAACAAAAGGUGUAUAAACCAGUUCUUGAUGAAACCAUGUAA